AUGGCAGCGGGAUCUUGGCCACGUGCGGGCCUGAGGGAGAGUUUGUGCUGCCUGCCUGUGCCCUAUCAAGGUGCUGCCUUGCCUUGUCUCCAGGUGCUACCCUGUCUGACUGAGGCCUGCUCCAUCCUGAUCAGUCGCCUCCCGUCCACUGCCCUCACCGAGCUCCUACAGCAGCUGACUGGAUCCGGUCCAUCUGGCCAACCUGGGAGCCACUUCCCGAACAUCCUGCAGAACAAGUUCGGCCUGACGUUGUUCUACAUGAUCCUGAGCCAAGGAGAGAGGUUGCAGAGCUCGGAGGCUUCCAGCGAACUCAUGCAGGACAACCGGUGGACAGAGCUGGUGUUCGCCGUGAUCCGGGUAUUGCUGAAGGUCCCACCGGCAUCGUUGGCCAAACCGUCGUUCAUGCCCACAAAUCUCCUGGCGCUUUUCUCUCAUUACGUUGACCGGCAGACACUGAACGCGCUUGAGUCUAAGUUACAGUUGUCCGGGAAACCGCGGUAGAAGAGGGGAUGCCGUGGAGUCGACAUCAACCAACCGGCCGUCGGGCAGUACCAUCCCUGGGUGGGCACGGUUCGCUGGUGACCCCCAAUUUGGGGAGGGGGGGGAGGGGUGGGGGCGCGCAGCAAGAGCUGACGAGCGGCUUCCGAUCCGACAGAACUUUCCUACUUCAUUUUUCUAAGGCCCCGGAUGGGUGGGGAGAGAGACGAGGAGGGUGGUGUGGAUGUGGGGUAGUGGGGGGGAGUGGUGGGUGGGGGUGGGGCGGAAGUGCAGAGAAGCUGAGUCAUUUAUAUACACCAUCACUUCCCCAACCUGGGGUGGGUCCUUGCGUGCGCAGACUUGCAGCCAGGCUCUGUUGGAACUCCCUGUGCUUUCCUCCGCUGCUUGCCAGUUAGCCCCAAACUCCCCAAUUCCCUAUGCAUUCACCUCCCAGUGCCCCCCUUUGACUCACAUUGGCGCACUCUGACUCAGGGUCUGUUUGGCGGUGGUGUGGGGUGUUGGGGGGGGGAGGCGGGAGAGCGGGGCAAGUUGUUUGGGGAACAAGGUGAAAGGUGGGGGGGCCCAUUUACCCCUGGACUCAAUCUUACCUUUGUUUUUAUUAUUACCGUCUCAAACGGAACAGCAAUGGAGAUAACAGGGUGGGUGGGGUGUGCUCCCCUCCGUCUGUUUGACUCCCCCUACCUCCUGCCCACAACCCCCCCUCCCCUGGGUCUGUUUUCCGCAGCUUUUCUUUCACAUGGUAAAGGCCAGGCCGUUCUGUAAGUGCUGGAGGUGAUUGAGUGGGGGUGAGUGUGUGGAGCUUGGGUGCUGUAGUACAGUUUGGGUUGUCCAUUCAAAUACACAGCCCCAAUGCCCUGCUCGAGGCCGAGUGGGAGAUGGUCACUUUGCAAGGCUGGCAUUGCUGCUCAAUUGGGGAUCUCUGAAUUAGAAGGCAUGUUCUCCCCUGCCCUCUGUACUGUUUGGGAUUGCUCUGUAUCUCUGUGAUAUGAAGCACGAAUGAUACUGGAGCUGCUUUAUACACUGACUGUCUGUCUCUCUCUCUCUCAAACUCUCUCCGUCACACGUACACACUCAGAUGCGCGCGCACACCCUCGGUCUGGUGCACGCACGCUCAGCUAGGCGCGCGUGCGCACAUGCACACAGUCAGGCACACAAUCUCAGUCAUGCACACGCAUGCGCGCACACUCUCAGCCAGGCACACGCACGCGCACAUACUCUCAGUCAGUUGCGCGCGCGCAUAAUUUCAGUCAGGCACACAUGCGCAAACUCUCAGUCAGGCACACGUUCGGGUGCACACUCUCAGCCAGGCGCACGCACGCGCCCACACUCAGCCAUACACAGGCACGUACGCGCGUGCGAGCACAGUGUGAUCCCAUUCCACACGCAUUCACAUGGGUUUAUGGUUUUCAUGCUAAACCCAUGUACUCUUCAUCUCCAACAGCCGAGUGGAGGUCUUUGCACGUUCUGCCAACACCCUCCCCACCCCCCCACCUCCACGCGCUCAGAGUUCCCCAUACUGGUGACAAAGACCUUUUGCUUCUCGAGUUUCUGAACAAACCUUCCUCAGUGAAGGGGGUGGGGGGGGAAGAGAUGCACUUGAAUUUCUUAGCUCCUUCCCCCCCCACCCCACAUCCCAAAUGCAACCCCCCAUUAGGUCCAUUACCUUCUCAUGAUGGGCACCCAAUUGCUUAUCGAGGAACAUGAACUCUCUCACUUUUUAAGAAAUGAAAAGUCGUUCAAAUAUAUUUUAACAAGUUGCCUUUUUAAAGUCCCUUAAGUAUUGGGUUGGAAAGAUGUAGGGUUUAGCUGGUAAUGAAUCCUUAACCUCUGAGCUGUGUGUGUGAAGGUGACAUUGGUUAAACCUAGGGCGGUAUUUGCUAUGCCCUCAAGCACACACAGACUGCACUGGGCUGUGAUUCUGUUUUUUUUAAAAGUUUCUUUUCUUUCCCUCCCCCUUUCCCUGUCAUUCUCCGUGUAUCGUCUGCAGUGUGAUGUUCAUGGACACAGGGAAAGUGUUUUGCUUUUACACAAUGUAUUCCAGUUACGUUUUUAAACCAAAAUUCAACCUUGUUGUUUUUGCUUUCAUUAAAAAAAAACUAUCUACAA